AUGUUGCUUAUAUUAUGUCAUUCUUGCACGCUAGCGCCCCAGCACACGGAAUUACGAGCGAACGCGUCAUCGGAAGGGUCACGCACAUCCGAAGCGGGCGAGAACGCACCCCGCGGGUCUACUCUGCCCCGCGCCGCUACAUCCCCAGCGCCCAAGUACUCACCUGAUGCCUCGCCUAGUUCAUCGGUUACUAGUGAGGGAGCACCAUAUCCAGCGCAAGCGGGUUCAAACAACAUGUCGGAAGCAACGUUUAGCCUUAAGCCAAUACUCAAUGAACUGCGCGAGCGCAGGGAAGACUACCAGAGGUUAACUGAGAAAAUAGAUGCAUUAAAGAACUUAACGCAAGAAGUAUCGUUUCUUUCGGCCGCGCUGCAAGAAGAAAGGUUUAAGACGGAGAGGCUUGAAGAACAAAUCAACGACUUAACUGAAUUGCACCAAAAUGAGGUGGAAAAUUUAAAGCAAGCACUGACGGAUGUAGAAGAAAAAGUACAGUAUCAGAGCGAAGAGCGGAUACGAGAUAUACAUGAAGCAUUAGACCUCUGUCAAACUAAGAUCAGCAAGCUGGAGCAAUGGAUGGCGGGUGGAGGCGCGGGAGGCGUAGGUAGCGGGGGUGGUGAGGCGGGAGGAGCGGCGUUGCCCCCGCGGGUGGUGGUGGUGAAGCUGCUCAACGUGGCGCUCACGCUGUUGCAGCUGGCUCUGUUGCUGGUGGCUACGGUCGCGGGCGUGGCUAUGCCCUUCUUGAGGACCAGGGUCCGAGUCCUUACAACGAGUCUCGUGGUGAUGGUAGGCGUUAUGGUCCUAAAGCAAUGGCCGGAAGUGACGCAACUUUCAGAACACCUCGUGCGGCGGCUCAAAGAGUAUCUACUUGACAAACAUCACGACAGGUAUGAAUGUCGGUCGUUGUGUGGUUGA